AUGGAGCAAAUUACACCUCCAAGGAGACAGAGGGAUUUAUUAAACAAUGAUCAACAGGCUGACCAAGAAACUCUGAGAAAAUAUCACGACGACUCCUCAUAUGCAUUGUACGUCGUACUGAACAGAGACGAUGUUCAUCUCGCUGAUAAAUCCACGCUCAGCACCAACCAUGAGACACCGGAUUCAGAGUUAACGCAACGUGAUGCCAUUCUGAUUAACGCUGUAAUCCCUUCCACCCCUCAAACGACCAUAGAAUCAAACGACGGCUCGCAGCUUAGAACGCCGUUUGCAAAUGUGACAUCAUGGAAUGGUGUCUCGCCGGGCAUUGUCUCAACGCCAACACCAGACUUCUACUCUCUGAAUCGAGAGCCAAGAAUGUCGGCUGUACCAUCCGGGGCGACCUUCUAUCCCACCCCUCAGUUUCCUGUCGAAUUGUCUACCUUUAGAAAUGUUAGACAAGGCAUGGAAAGUCCUCUCAAAUCGAAAGGUCCGCGCGCACAACCCGUUCAAGAGGAAGUUCAGAGUUCCGAUGAAACCCAAGAUCGAGAAAUUACUCCUGAAAGUGGAAUCAGACCUCUAAUAUUAGAGCCUUCCCAUUCUACCGAAGAAAUAAUGCCAGAAGAUGCAGCCAUUGACGAGGAUUCUACCGACCCUCCAGUACGAUUGGACAAUAUAUCUCCUCCCGUAACUGGUGAAGUGAUCAGUGAUGCACCCCUGGAUGGAUCCCAAGCCAAUCACCAUAGCAGUAUUCAACACUCUUUACCUAUUCAGAACACUCCUUCCUCAAGGAAAAUGGUGAUACCGGAAUCUAUUCAAAAGUGGCUGCAGGGUCCUUCCUCUUCGUUUGACGCUUCAACGACCAUCCAUCGCAAGGACAUCCAAGAGAUAACUAGGAAGCGACUGGAACGCUUCGACCCCCAAAAUACCCGUUCUUCACCUCUUGUUCCUCAAGACCAUGAGGCUUAUGGGCGCAUUCUUCAACCUCCAUCCAAAGACGAUCAAGAUACUGAAGUCACCUCUGUCCUUGAUUGGCCUGAUGACGCGUACCCGUGGUCUCUGCUCUCCUCCAAAGAAAAUUUUGUUGACAUGAGGAGACAGCAAGACCUCCAGUUAAUUGCCAAGUACCUAGAGGAAAGUAGCGAAAGCGACGACGAUGAAGACAGUAAACCAAAUGGAGUUACCGAUCCAGCAGACGCCUUAGCAGCUCUUCGUGCAAAGAAAGCCACCAGGCAACUGAUUCAGAGGAAAGCAGUCAAGGCUGCUGUAGCGAAGGCCACCAAAGGGAAAGUCACUGCUUCAAAAGCGUCUUCCAGCGAGUUACGGAAGGCCAAAGAUGACAUUAAAGAUGUCAUGGAGCUUGACAAGAAUGGUGAAGACAGUGACGAGGUUGCUUGCAUUUGUAAUGGAGCAGAUGAUGGUAGACCUAUGGUCCAAUGCGAUCGUUGCCAUACAUGGCACCAUGUCGACUGUGUGACCAAAGAAGGCGAAGAGCUACCAGAGGAAUGGUUUUGUGGAAAAUGUUUGGCAUCUUCAAGCUCAGGGAAGGCGAUUGAUAUCGAUGAAUCAUCCCUCAGCACUCACGAACGCCCAGACAUUGGGACCGAGAAUAAUCCUGCAUUUAUGCACGUAUACUUAUCUAAGGACACUAAUAGUCUAUCACCCGGAGUUCCUCAAUUUUUCAUCUCUCGCGAUGGUCAUAUAUUUGGAAACCGCACCCCACCGUCUUCAAAGAGUUCACUUCCAAGAUACCCCUAUCCUUACAGCAUGUGGCCUGAUAGCAGCACAUCCCCGCGUCCAUCUACCGAUCAUUUCGAUGAUCCAAUGACAGCCAUAGCAGCCACGCCUUUCGGAACGUCGAGUCUCGGCUCCGCGUAUGGAUCAUCAGAAGAUCCAUUCUUCGAUAAUCUUCAUUCGACCCCAAGUCGCAGCCUUGGCUUGAGAUUCGCCCCUCCCUUUUCAGCGAGUCCAAAGAAGGAUCGCCCGUGGACGAACUAUACGGGCGCCUUUGCAACCCCAAGUGGCGCGUCUGGUUCUCAUCCCACCUUCAUUUUCAACCAGAGCGUCCCUAUUGUGCAAACUGACCCUUUAUUUAUACAUUAUGAGCAUGACGCACCUAAGCAAACGGCCCAUCAUCACAAUGGAUACUCCCGAAGCAAGAAAAGGGGGAAAAUGAAGGACAAAGACAGUGUCGAUAUGGAAAAGAUGGAAGACAGAGACUCAGUCUUGCCGGAUGAUGUACCAUCUUCUGAUUCAACCAAUGUAAACCACGAGACGGACCUUUCUUCUUCCAAACUAUCCUAA